CUACUUUCACCUAGUAUAAUUUCAUUAGGCAAUAGCCAUGAACAUCACUGCCCCUACUCGCCUGGAUUCCCGUCCCGUCGCGAGCGCUCGCAGCAGCGCUCGCUCGGUGGCCCCUCGCGUUGCUAGCCGCAAGUCUACUGUUCGCAUUGCUGCUGUUGCUGCGCCUGAGCGCCCGAUUACCGACUACCAGCGCCCGGACGCAAAUGGUCGCUAUGGCCAGUUCGGCGGCAAGUACGUGCCUGAGACCCUGAUCCCUGCCCUGGAGCAGCUGGAGAAGGACUACAACGAGGCGAUUGCGGACCCUGCGUUUAAGGCGGAGAUGGAGGCUAUCCUGAAGGACUACGUGGGUCGCGAGACGCCCCUUUACCACGCCGAGCGCCUGUCGGCGCACUACAAGACCGCGGACGGCGGCCACGCUGAGAUUUACCUAAAGCGUGAGGACCUGAACCACACUGGCGCGCAUAAGAUCAACAACUCGCUGGGCCAGGCCCUGCUGUGCAAGCGCCUGAACAAGCAGCGCAUCAUUGCGGAGACCGGUGCCGGCCAGCACGGUGUGGCCACGGCCACCAUCUGCGCCCGCCUGGGCCUGAAGUGCAUUGUGUACAUGGGCGCUAAGGACAUGGAGCGCCAGGCGCUGAACGUGUUCCGCAUGCGCCUGUGCGGUGCGGAGGUCCGCCCCGUGCACAGCGGCACCGCCACGCUGAAGGAUGCCACCAGCGAGGCCAUCCGCGACUGGGUCACCAACGUGGAGACCACCCACUACAUCCUGGGGUCGGCCGCUGGCCCCCACCCCUACCCCAUGAUGGUGCGCGAGUUCCAGUCUGUCAUCGGCCGCGAGACCAAGGUGCAGGCGCAGGAGAAGUGGGGCGGCCUGCCCGACAUCGUGAUGGCGUGCGUGGGCGGCGGCUCCAACGCCAUCGGCAUCUUCAACGAGUUCAUCAACGACACCUCGGUCCGCCUGAUCGGCGUGGAGGCCGGCGGUGAGGGCGUCAACACCACCAAGCACGCCGCCACGCUGACCAUGGGCACGCCCGGCGUGCUGCACGGCAGCUACAGCUACCUGCUGCAGGACGAUGACGGCCAGAUCAUUGACCCCCACUCCAUCAGCGCCGGCCUGGACUACCCCGGCAUUGGCCCCGAGCACUCGUUCCUCAAGGACGUGAAGCGCGCAGAGUACUACGCCGUCACGGACGCCGAGGCGCUGGAGGGCUUCCAGCUGCUCAGCAAGUUGGAAGGCAUUAUCCCCGCGCUGGAGACCAGCCACGCCAUCGCCUACCUGGAGAAGCUGAUCCCCACGCUCAAGUCAGGAACCCGCGUGGUCAUUAACUGCUCGGGCCGCGGCGACAAGGACGUCAACAACGCCAUGAAGUACAUCAACCCUUAAACGACCAGCACUGUGCUUUGACAGACAAGCUCACGCGUGUCGUGGCGGCGGUAUCGGCGCUGUGGAUGGGCCCGGGUUUACUGGCUGCGACGCAGCAGCUAGCCGGCCUGCAGCGCGAAGGAGCGUAGUGUGUACGGCGCGGCUGGAUUUUGAAGACGAGGAGCGAAGGGGCUGAUAGUUGGCGCAAGGGUGCUGCCGCGGCGUGCGCAGCGCUGCGUUCCAGUGGCCCAGUGAUUGAAAGGGGAGCGUACGUGACUAUGACUUGGGCGUGGGACGAGGCCCGGUUGGGGCUGAGGCGGAUUAUGAGUUCGCGUGUGGGAGCGGGAGUGACUGCAGGUUUGUUUGAGAGCAGAGCGAAGGGCCGCCUUGGUCGCAGUGUGCACUGGGCGUGCUUUGGUGAGACCGGGGCCGAAGGGAGAUGGUUGCAGUACUCACUUUGUUGCUACCAAUCGCAUGUUGUAAUAAUAAUGUUUA